AUGUUUCGAGUCGAAGUGCUCCCCGGUGGCUCUUCCCAAGCCCAACCGGGCUAUACCUACGUUACCGAUCGCGGAUUGGGUCCAUCCCAAGCCGCUACAGCCCCGACUCUAUCCCGCAAACGCGGCAUCCGCGACGCCGGUAAAGGCGGCGACAUCUCCUCACAGCGCGCGAACGCGAUCGCCCGACAUAUCGCCGAACUCAACAAGGAGAAUCACCGUGACGUACAAAUCGCCGUACCUGUGAAACAAGCUAAGGAGGCCGGCGUACGCAAAACGCGCGAGAAGACCACGUCCAACGUUCGUCGGAUCCUACAGUCCCAGAAGACAUUCAACAACUACCUUGAUGACGAAGAGGCCGCCAUUGCUCAGGGCGGAGGUGGCUUGAGUGCAUUCCAAGGAGGAGGCAACGCGAAUGUCACCGCCAAGGGAGCUGGUAAAGCGGCGGCAACGGCUGCUGCGCGACGAAGUUCCACCCCUGCAACGGGCCCUGCAAAAAAAGCUACGGGUCGCAAACGCAUUUUGGCUGAGGCAAAUUCGGCUUCUCAAUCGGCUGCUGAGUCCUCGCAGACUGAGGCUGCAGAUGGGGAGACGCAAACCCAGGCGGAGGAAUCGAGACCGAGGCUACUAAAGACCGAACACGAUAACGAUCCUCUCUUGCGAUCCUACGCCCCGAAUAUGCCUUCAGACCGUAUCAUGCAGCGGCUUCUCGCCGAACCGCCACUAUCAUAUAAUGCGUCGCGGGCAGCGCCACCACUCGCAUCGCAGCCUCCAAGAGGUUUCUGCUGCAUCUGUGGAUAUUGGGGCAAGAUUCGGUGCAAGAACUGCCAUGUUCGAACCUGUGGACUAGAUUGCUAUCGUCUGCAUGAGGAUUCGAGAUGUGGUGCUUUCUAUUAG